UAUAGACUCCGCAGUCAUAGCGUGUUAAUGCAAAUUAAAAUCUGCGACGGACGUGUAUUGAUCCUUUAAGUUCAGAAGUGAAUAGAAAACUUUUAUUUUAUGAGAUAAAAGUUGGUCCAACGGAAGUUGGUAAAAGAGUGUGAGCGAAAGUGAGAUAGUUGGCGAGUACCAGGUGAGAUCUUCAUCUCGCGAAAUUGAGACGAUGUUCGCGUCGUCGCGGCCGAUGAUAUAAAUACGCGGAAAACGAAGGAUGUGUUAAAAAAUUGAAGACUCCGCGAGAAAAGCGGAGAACUUGGUAAUGGGUUCGUAUUGAUUGUCAUGCCGACGUGAGGGAAAGUGCGUGAAAAAAAUGUUAGCUGCGACGGAUGCGGAACAAGGCGCGAACAAUAGCGUGAUAAUGUCACAAUUAGCUAAUUCGCACACUCCACAGGAUUUUACGGUCUCACGCUUGCUAUCCACGCCGACGCACUCUUUAGAUUGCAGCGAGACCUCUUCUAUUACUGGGAACAGAAGACCCAGGAGAAGCAGGACUACCUUCUCGGCGCAACAGUUGGCCGCGUUGGAAAGAGUCUUCGAGAAGACGCACUAUCCGGAUGCCUUCGUCCGUGAAGAACUGGCGACCAGGGUGUCUUUGUCGGAGGCUAGAGUGCAGGUGUGGUUCCAGAACAGGCGGGCAAAAUUUCGGCGAAACGAGCGGAGCUCGGCGAUGAGCCGAGGUGUCUCCGCGGGCAGGGAAAUAGAGACCGCGCUACCGCUACGUCCUAUCCGGGUGUCGCAUCCUCCGCAGCAUCCGGCGGAGACUAACGCGGAAUCGUCACAGGGCGCAACUGCUACCACCCAAGUAACAGCGCAGUAUUCUUACGGCGAUUAUUGGCGAACGACGCCGCAGCAUUACGCGGUGCAAACCGCCGCGACCGCCGGUUGUCAUGGCUUCGCUGCAAACGGCGGCCUGGCGAACAUGAGCUUGCCGCCGUACCAUCAUCAUCAGGCUGACAUGCACCACGGCACCCUCGACGGAACCGCCGUCAACAGCCUGAGCGCCCUGAGGCUGCGAGCGCAUCCCUACAGCUCGACAUAUCCAGCAAUGCACGCGAGUAUGUGACAUUGUCCCCCAGAAAUCGAAUCUUCAAAACGAGAAUGUAACACUAGACCUCUGAAUAUGUAAUUUAGAUCGAGAGAAUUUAAGCUUCCGAAAUCAGACUUAAGGCUCUUGAGUAGUCAUCACAGCCAUAUUGAAUCGUAACGUCAAAAGCGAGAGAUGACACGUUAAUUUUUAUUACGUGCCAUUUAUAGAGACAAUUUGAAAAUUAUAGAGACAAUUGACAAAAUGAUGAGAUUGCUUUAAAACAUUUGUAAAAAUGAAAAACUAU